GAUGGAUCUGCACUGCAAAGCGCUGGUUGAGACUUUGGUGAGUCAUUACAAGGAAACAAUGAAAGUGAACACACAUCCUACAGCUAAGCAUCUAGCUCGUGAUAUGGAUCAACUUUAUGUAAGUUUAGAACUUUUGCAAGAAACAAACCAACCUGAUAAGCCACUCAUAUUGCAGUCAAGUUUAGUUAAAGGAAAACAUGAAACCGAUCACACAGUACACAUUGACAUUAAACGGCGAAAACGAGACCGAUAAAACCCGAACAGAGUAUAAGAAAAUUCCCCUCAAGUCAUACGAAGACAUGUUAAGCUUUGAUAAGAACAGAAUCUUAAUCACUGCUGAAAGUGGGUAUGGUAAAUCAACGCUUUUAAAGAAGAUAGCUUAUGACUGGGCUGUUUUACAGAGGGAUACUCACGUGACUCAACAAAAACGAGAGUCGCCUCUGUCAAAGUACGAGCUCGUCUUUUUGUUGGAAAUAAACCAAAUGAAGGCAAAGUUCAAUAUUACAGAUGAAAUAUAUUCUCAAAUAUUGCCUCACAAUGAUUUUGGGAAAAAGAGUGUUGAGAAUUAUAUGACACAAAACCCAGAGAAAGUUCUCAUCCUUCUUGAUGGAGCAGACGAAAUCCCAUUCGAGAGACUACAAAUGGCAAACGAAGACUUCAGUGUUAACAAUGUCCUCUCAUUCAAGUCGCUUAAACGCUGUAAGGUAAUUGUAACAAGUCGUCAGUCUACGGCCCUUAAGUUACUGACUUGCAACCCAGAUUUCACAAGAGUAAAUAUAGUUGGAUUCGAUGAAAAAAAUAAGAAAGAAUAUAUCCGCAACUAUUUCAGCAACUUUGAUCCCCAAUAUCACGAUUAUGUACUUUCUGAAAUAAGUAAGUCGGAAACACUGCGCAGUUUAGGGGAGAUUCCUCUGUUUCUUUGGCUGAUGUGUUCGUCUUUAACACAGGCCGGAAGUCGACUACCAGACAGGAUUACAGAACUGCUCAGUGACGCAGUCAACAUAAUCCAUAAGCAAAAGAUGAGCAAAUACUGCACAUCCAAGCCCUCCGAGAAGCUUACAGAAAAAGCGUUUAAUGAGCUGGUUGCAAAACUUGGGCAGGUUGCACUUGAGAGUUUAAUGAAAAAAAGCCAUGCACAAAAUUCCUUCACGGUUUCAGAGUUUGAUUCAGAAGACCUUGUCAGUUUGGGAUGUGAAGUUGGCUUGCUGACCCGAGUUCAAUUCAUGCACGGUAUAGAAGAGGUUGAACAAGUCCAUUUCUACCACAUGAUAUUCAUGCAGUUUUGUUGUUCCGUGUACCUUUCUGGUAUGGCAGAGUCAAAUCCAGACAAAUUUAAUGAUCACAUGUCAAAAUUGUUAGACGGCGACGUAGAAAGAAUCGAAUACUUACUCCGUUUCUGCAGCGGGAGAACCAAAAAAGCAGCAGAAUUCGUUAUACACCUGAUAAAAAAACGCCUUUCAGUUUCCAAUAACAUCUCUCCUGUUGGACUUCAGAGGUAUAUCUGUUUACACAGGAUAAUAAUGUUGUCUUUGUUUGAAGCCAAGCUCGGUUCGGCUGUAAAACCCCUCGCGAUGGAUGAGUGGGUAAGAUUCCCAUAUGAUCUGAAAGGAGAAGACCUCUUGGCUGCACACUUAUUUCAUUCAAAACCUACCAACACGAUCUAGUCCGCAUUGUGUUU